AACCCUCUGUGUUGACGUAGUCGGCGGAUGGCUCCAACGUGUAUUCUGCAACCUCAUAGGGACUUGAUCCGCCCGGCAUCGUCUUUAUGUUUCCACACCUUUCUGCUCGAUGGAACUGCACUGUGUACAAUUCCACCAUCACUAAUUAUCCAACCCGUCUGCGCAAUAAGUCGUGAACAGGGCAUCUUCUUUCCACGACUUGACAUCAAAUAUUUUGAGAAUGACUGUCGUGUGGAAGCUGGUUGCUCUUGCAGCCGCGUUUGCGACGGUUUCCUCUUUGGCUCUAACGGAGCCCAAUCUCGAAGUACUGCCAUCCAAGGAGGAGCAGCUGUUGCAACUUUUCAGUGAGGACUUAGCUGACAUGACCCCACAAGAAAUCGCCAAGUUUUUUCUUGUCGACUUUAAGACGGUUCAUGAAUCCGAAGUCAUAGGCAAAGGAGCAUCAGGUUCAUGCAAGUUAGGUCGUCACUCAGCUGAAUGCUGCGGUAAAUUGUCUUUCAAGGUCUUUUUAAGACGCAUCAAUCUUGAUGCCUGUGUUUUCGUCGAGGUUCUUACACGAGAUUAUGGCCUUCAUAUCAAAAUAAAAGCCCUUGGUAAAACACUUCUCGACAAAGAGGUGUCAGCCCGUGAACCACCAUCAAUUUGCGUAGGCGUCCCUAAAGUGAAAUUGGCUGACAUCUGCCUGGACCUCUACGACGUCCAAUGGAGAGGCGGCUUCCACGCAUGCCUUGCACUUGAAGUUCAUGUCGCUUUUCUGACUGUAUUGGAUGUUACCUUGGGAUGCAUUGAUAUUUAAAGAGGGUAACCUAACCAACCAGCCGCUUAAAAAACAUUUCGAUAGUGAUUAUUCCAGAAAAAUUAGAGUAGAUUUACUUGAAUGCUUUCUUGCUAGAGGCUUACAGGCAUACAGCGUAUAUUAUUCAAGUAUUUCAAAAUACACGGCACAGAGCAAAGUUCAGGAUAAAGUUUUUUUUCAAAUCCAUGAUUUUCAAUUAAACACAGAAAACAACAACCUGACACAUUAACGUACAUUGAACGCUCGUGAAAUUCCAGCAAACCUUUCAUGCUAACUGCUUCAAAAAAAUCUCGUUUUAAAAGAACCUCGUUUUAGUUCCUUUAGAGAAAGUACUCUUUGGAGAGUAACCUUGUAACAAAUUACGUAUAGAUUAACCACCUCUGUCAUGAAUACACGUCAGUGGCUUAUGAACAACAAUACAUUCAAGCUAAAUAAACUUUCUUUGUUAAAAGCUAAGCCUUACGUUAUGUGUGAAUUGACAGAGUCAAGAAAAUGAGCUGCAGCCGCAUUUCAAAGGAGAAAAUUCACAUAUUUCAAAGAGGGGGGACUUAGGGCACAGACACAUGGUCGGGGCACGUCCUCUACCCCGGUAGUUACACCACUGAUUCAGGCUAGAGUGUAAGGUAUUUUCCUUCAAUGUUGAACAGCAUUUACUAUUUAGUGUAACAAAUCUGGCCUGUCAUCAUUAUUAGUCAUCAUUAUUAUUAUUUUGAAAAAGACAGCCGUCAACGUUUUUUUUUCAAACCACUGGUAGACAGAUAUCACAAACUGUCAAUGGUGGUCUGCAAGUCUGUCUCACAAACCCUCCCUAUCCCAAUUGCUACAACUAUAUCAAAAAUGAAGGUAACAUACAAUUUAGACUCAAGUUGCUUUCAUCGUGUUAUCUCAAGCAAAGAACGUUAAAAUAUCUUCUCUUGUGUUUGCUGUGGGAAAUGGACAAGAAUAGCAAGAAGUUACAACGUAGAGAAGCAGAAAAUAACUUACGUUCUGCCUCCAUUGCUGUCUUAGUAGGCCUAUACAAAUAUUGUUUAGGUAAGGAUGUCAGCAGCAAGAGAACAAGAAUGUUGUCAAGUGCACUUUAAGACACUGAUUAUAUACUAUCGAAAGUAGAUAAAGAAUCUCAAAUAAAAUAAAUAAGAACCUCAUAUCAAAUGAAAUA